AUGAUUACUCUAGAGGUGGAACCAAAAGAUAUCCCUCUGGGGAUAUACUCCCACAUUAAUUUUGCCUUUGCCUCGAUUGACCCCAAAACAUUCCGGAUUGCUCCUAUGACUGAAGAAACCGCAAAGCGCUAUCGGACCCUCACAACGCUAAAGGGACGCCAGCCCGGACUUGAAGUGUAUAUUGCACUUGGAGGGUGGGACUUUAAUGAACCUGGCCUCACGAGAACUACCUUCUCGGAUCUCGCUGCCUCACAGCCCGCACAGGAUGCCUUUUUUGAAUCAUUGAUUAGUUUUAUGCUUCAUAAUGGCUUCGAUGGAGUUGACCUUGAUUGGGAAUAUCCUGCUGCAGAGGAUCGAGGUGGCAGGCCAGAGGACUUUGCCAACUAUGUUACUCUGGUGAAACGACUGAGAGAGAGACUGAACGGGGCAGCAAAGUCAUUUGGUAUCACCCUAACCCUGCCUGCCAGUUACUGGUAUCUGAGAGGAUUCGAUAUUGCGAACUUGGAGCCACAUAUAGACUGGUUUAAUGUCAUGACGUAUGAUAUUCAUGGUCUCUGGGAUGCAGAGGGCAAGGAGAUUGGGGCACAUGCAUAUGCGCACACCAAUCUGACAGAGAUUAACAUGGGCCUUGAGCUUCUCUGGCGCAGCAAUAUUAAUCCGAACCGGGUUGUUAUGGGACUGGGCUUCUACGGACGUAGCUUUACUAUGGAGGACCCCAAGUGCAUGACCCCCGGAUGUCCCUUUAAAAAGGGAGAGGCGCCCGCUGGAGAAUGUACGAAUGUCCCCGGAGUUCUUUCUGCGACAGAGAUCCACAAGAUUGUCAGAAAUGGCGCUUCAGUUUCCUUUGAUAAAGAGGCUGCUGUGAAAAUUGCUACGUGGAAUACCAACCAGUGGGUUAGCUGGGACGAUGUGGAAACCCUAAAGGUCAAGAUUGACUACGCAAACAAGCGGUGCCUGGGAGGAACGAUGGUUUGGGCAAUUGACCUGGAUGAUGGCACUCUCAUUAAGGCUUUGGGGACGGCAAUGGAUAAGAAGGCAGGAAAGAUUCGUAAAGGUGGGCGUGUUCAAAUGCCUUGCUUUGGUUCACCUUGGCCGAAGGGGCGGAAUAGGACUUGGCGUGGAUCUCACAAGAAGGGAUAG